GCCGUAUUCCAUUGAAUUAACUAAUAAUUUGUAAAAAUACGUUCGAGAAAGCAAACUAGGACGCUGUCGUACCCAGAGGAUUUUCCGUGUGUUGGGAAAGCACGUAAUUUCGACUACACAAACCAAGUCAUGCUAAACCGAUAAAAGAAUGGAGUAUUACUGCAUAGAGAGUGAUGAAGAAAAGUUUGACGUUGCUAGUGAGCACGAUAGUACGGAGGAUCCACUCAUAAAUGAUAACACUCUUGAUACUUCUGCAAAUGCCGCUAUAUCGAGACGAACAUCGAUGAGACAACAAACAUCUAGUAAAAUGCGAGCCAAAGGUGUAGCCAAAAAGACGAUAAAAAGUGCCCAAUCUAUUUCAUCCGUCGCCGGAAACACAUCGCAGAACAUAAUAUUACUUCUACGGUGCAAUUAUUGCUCCCUGUUAUACCAGAAUGAAACAAUCUUGAUGAAACAUGAGAAGCAGUGUCAGCAGAUGUUUGAGAGAAGAAAUUCUGUCAACAGGAUACUGGCAACAGAUUUGGAAGAUUGGCGAAGACGGCUACCACAAGUUACCGUCGGUGUUGUUACGAAUAAGGAAAAAGUUACAACAAGCUGCUCUGAAGAUAUUUCUCUGACAACGCAACCCUCUCAGUCGAAGUUCACAUGUGCUACACCAGUAGUUUCCAAGGUGACGAGCUUGACUAAACUCGAAGCACCUCGUUCAGCUGCAGUUUCAACAUCUGAGCCCGAUCCAUUGGCUAUUGAUACUUAUCCAGUCCAGCCUACUUCAAAUUCCAUAAUUUCCACCACACCAGUUGCUAAGAAGACAGUGAUAAGUUUAGCUGAGCUUGAUGCUCCCUCUUCACCUGAAAUUUCAUCUUGCAACUCGCCCGAUCCCUUGGUUUUUGAUACGGUUCCCGUUCAAGCCUCAUCGUAUUCCAUUCCCAGUGUUUCAGUUCCUUCUGCAUCGGUUCCACUAGUAAUUUCCUCCCCUGUGUCAUGCCCUGCAUCAUCCCUUCCGCCAGAUGUGGUAGCCAAUGUCGCCUAUCGUCUCGCACGUAUUGAAAAUGAAAUAACCAUGUUAAGUCGGGAGAAUUGCAAGCUACGCGAGUCGUUGCAAAUGUCCAUCGACCGGCCGAUAACGACGGAAGAGAAUUGGGAAAAGAUUAAUACGCAUAGUCAGCUUGAGGAAUUCGAAGCAAAACUUGGCACAGAUACUUUGUUUGCCGGUCGCAUGUUUGCUAGGCUUAAGAGAGAGACGGCAAACUGCAAGCCACGUGCUACUAUUGCGCGUUCAUUGGAUUUCCUCAUAAGUCGUCAACUAUUGACAAGAUGUAGCUGGACCGGUGCUAAGAAACAGGUACAGAAAAUCCCAUUUCGCAGUUUAACACGUAUCCAAACGUUGUUGCAGCGAGUGGUUGGUCGACAAGUGCCGACCGAUGUGGUUAAAGAAAUGGUGAGGAAAACAUUGAGUCUUGCCAGGCAGAGGUUACAGCAAAAUCCGGAGCUGAGAGGAUCUUGCCAUCAAAAGACGGGAGGUCGAAGUCCGAAUAAUACCGCUUUGAAGAGGAUCAGGCAAACUAAAUCGGAUACCGGCGCAUUAUUAAUGAUGGCUGAACAAGAGAGCACAUUCGUAUAAUGACUGCUAGGAAUGGUAAUUAAAUGCCUGGAAGGCUGGAUACUGGAGGCGCGAUAGGAACUAAAAUAAAUGGAAAUUUGGUAAUAAGUUUGAAGUCGUCGAAAAGGAAUAA